UUACUUCGCAAUUAUAAUAUUAUAUCAAACUGUUAAAUAUUAAGCACGUGCUGAAACUCUUAACACUUGACGCACUUUAAUUUAAUCUUUGUUCCAUGAUGAGUAGUAAGUAUAAAUAAGAAACACAUCUUGAAGAAGAACCCCAACUUUCCAAGCUACCAAUGUGCUCUAUCUUAUCCUCAAAGCUUGGUUGGCUAAACAAAGUUCAACCAAAAACCACAAUUUUAGACAUGCCAAGUUUCGAAUACCAGCCAUUAUUGGAGUUGGAGGACAACAACAAAGAAUCUUCACUUAAAGAAUCCAACACUUCUUUCUUGAAGACUGUUUUUAAUGGCAUCAACGUCAUAUUAGGCAAUGGAAUUUUGAUAGUCCCUUAUGCAUUAGCUCACGGAGGUUGGUUAAGCUUAAUCUUGUUUAUUGCCAUAGCCGCGGUAGCUACCUACACGAGCUUGCUACUUAAAUGGUGUAUGGACGUAGAUCCAAGGAUCAGGACUUAUUCUCACAUAGGCGAGUAUGCUUUUGGUAAUGCUGGUAAAGUGAUCGUAUCAAUCGUUCUUUAUGUUGAACUUUAUAUGGUUACUACAAGUUACUUAAUCUCGGAAGGAGAUAAUCUAAACAAGCUAUUCCCUGGAUUUUCAGUUGGAGUAUUUGGAAUCCCAAUCGAUGGCAAAUCAUGCUUCAUAGUAAUCGUUGCUCUAAUUCUUCUCCCAACUGUUUUGUUGGAUAGUCUAAGCAUUUUGGCUUACAUUUCUGCGGUUGGUGUUUUAGCUAGUCUUUUAAUCCUUGGAUCUGUUUUAUGGGUUGGAGUUUUCGAAGGAAUAAUUGGAUUUCACCAAGUAAAAGAUCAUGUUCCCCUCUUCAAUUGGAAAGGAAUUCCAACGGCGAUCAGCUUAUACAUGUUUUGUUUUAGUGGUCAGACAGUUAUUCCUACUGUUUAUAUCUCUAUGCAAAAGAAACAUCAUUUCUCUACGGCUUUACUCUUGAGCUUCACAUUCUCUGCCUUUGUCUAUGUUUCAAUGGCUGUGUUAGGGUGCUUGAUGUUUGGGUCAAGUGUCGAAUCACAAAUAACUUUGAACCUUCCAACGAGAAAACUGAGCUCUGAAGUUGCAAUCUACACUACAUUGAUCACUCCUUUAGUGAAGUAUGCACUAAUAUUGAAGCCUGUCGUAGUUUCAACAGAAGGUUGGUUUCCUAGCAAAUACCAUAAUGGUAGGUGGUUCAAAUAUAUUGUUAGAUUGACCUUGGUUGCUACGCAAGUAGUCAUAGCUUUGGCGCUGCCUUUUUUCGGAUAUCUCAUGUCACUUAUGGGAGCAUUGCUUUGCUCCGUUGCUGCACUUACAAUUCCAUGCUUGUGCUACUUGAAGAUUUCAAGCACCACUUCUAAAUCGAGACCAGCUGAGCGCUUCUUCAUAUGGUGCAUUGUAUGCCUAAGUUUAGUUUUAUUGAUAUCCGGCACAUACACAUCAAUAUUAGAUAUAUUGGUGGAAAUCACACAAUAACGUUGUAUGCAAUUUUGUGUCACACGGCUUUUUUCUUUUUUCUUUUUUAAAGUAUUGGUACUCCUUGCUUGUUAGAUGCUUAAAUGUAUACUACUAUAUGCUUCUUUAAGCGUACUUGAGUGCAUAUACUAAUCCAUAUGACAAUGAAACUGAA